AUGGCGACCAUCAACAGCUACGUUUGCGUAGCAAUUCUCUGCUUUGUCAAUUUGCUCAACUACAUGGACCGGUUCACAAUAGCUGGUGUCCUCGAUGAAAUCAAAAAGUACUUUGAAAUCAACGACGCCACCGCCGGCCUCCUGCAGACCGUCUUUAUUUGCUCAUACAUGGUCUUUGCACCCGUGUUUGGCUUUCUCGGAGACCGCUACUCUCGCAAAAUCAUCAUCAUCUUUGGUGUCCUCUUUUGGAGCAGCGUCACACUCUUGUCCUCCUUUGUGCAGCCCCAUCAUACGGGCCUCUUUUUCCUCUUUCGAGGCCUGGUGGGCAUUGGCGAGGCGAGCUACUCUACAGUGGCGCCCACCAUCAUUGCCGAUCUAUUUGUCGGCAAGAAACGGUCCACAAUGAUUGCCCUCUUUUACUUUGCCAUUCCAGUUGGCUCCGGCCUUGGCUACAUUGUUGGCUCUCAAAUGGCCAGCAUCUUUGGCUCCUGGCACUGGGCCCUUCGCUUCACGCCCACCUUUGGUCUGCUGGCCGUGGUCGGCUUUCUUUUCAUCACCGAGCCAGAACGAGGAGCCAUGGAAAGUGAACGUUACCAGCCUCCAGUACAAGACGAGCAAGAGCCUUCUUCCACUGGAUUCAGAUCCACCCUUGCGAGCCUACAACGGGACGCCGCUUACCUCGUCUCGGUGCCCACCUACGUGCUCACAACGCUGGGCUUUACGUGCGUCAGCUUUUCCAUUGGCGCACUUUCCUGGUGGGCGCCAACCUUUAUGAAACUCGCCAUCAAGGACAGCACCACUGAAAGUGCCCGCUUUUUACUCAAGGACGAAAGCCGCUGCAAGCAUGCACUCGGCGGCUCAGAGUCGGCCCUCUCCUCAAAUGGUAUCAGUAUAGAGUUUGACACGCAGCCCCAGCCGGCCAUUGCCUAUGAUAAUGACAGCUACCUGCAUGUACCGCUCGAUUCUAGUCCCAACUUGAGGGCAACGACCACCGAAGUGUCGACACUAAUGGCCAACUCCAACACCAAUCUCAUUCAACGGGUGGUCGACUACAGUGAUUCGCAGUCGGCGGCAACCACUGGCUACGCAUAA